GAAAAAGAUCCUUCAAAAGAGAAGCUCAGGAUCUAGGGUUGUAGUAGUCAGAGUCACGAAGAACAAGAUGAGAUCUUCGCCUCCCACGAGGAUGUCGCCGCUCAACAAACUCUCUUGGUUGUUUGCUUUUGCCGGCCCACCUCCGGGGAUCGUGACAUCUUCUUCGGCAAUGUCGAUUGAGAAGCAAGUGGAUUUUUUACUGAAGAAAGCGCGGACGAAAAGCACGACGCCGACGGGGGGAGCAGCUUCUUCUUCUGGCGGUGAAUGCGGGGACAAAACUACUAGCGGGUCAUCUCUAGUGUACGCUGAUGACGCUGAAGAGUUUGAGAUGGAGGUGGAAGCAUCUGCUUCAUCCUCAUCUUCGCUUCUGUCCGGCACGACAAAACACCAGACCGCAAGAACCCACGAGUACCUGCUCCGCGAAUCCGUUCCGAUCGGUGGCGAUUUGGAAUUCGUAUCGAGUGCAAAUAUGUCUGGGUCUGGAAGGUGGCGGCAACUUGUCAUGGUAAAUCUGAAGCAUGCAUAAAUCUGUGUUGCAUGAGCGUCAAAAGCUGUACACUUUUGACCAACAUGGAAGGGAGUUUCUCACGCAGGAUAGGCAUGGCAGAGACCUCGCAGAUUCUGUCAUGCUAAAUCACACAUUCCAGAUCCAGACCUCAUUCGCUAUGGAAAAUCUGCAUGACAAGUUUACACUUUUCCAGACCCAGACAAUUUAAUUUUUGCACUUGAUAACUCGGAGUGAAAAACAUCUUCGCCCUCAUGCAGAGCAUCCAGAAAAUCUACACGGAAACAACGGCCGGAUGUGAGGACAUGCGGUUGGAGAGGUUGCUGAAAUUACGGCUGAAAGUGAAGGACCGAGGGUUUAAUUUGCACUCGAAGGUAUACGACGGGACUUAGGACUACAGAGUUAAGUUGUUGUGAUGAUGCAUCAUGAUUGUGUUUGUGUUGCUAAAUUUGGAUGAAGAACAGUGCCCUGGUGUGUGUGAAGAUCUCUGUCGAUGCGAAACCUGCAAUACAAAGUCCGGAUUCAAAAUGAUUUAUCUAUCAGGUCCUCAACCUCCGCCAGCUAGUAAGGGAGCACUACACGUUCAACAGCAAAAGCAACCCCCUCACGACAUCACUUUCCGAGGAGGCGGAGAGUGACAAUACAGUCUUGGACUCCUUAAUCUCAACCUUCACGCUGAAAGACUGGUCGGAUUUGCUCUUCGUCUACCAGAGCCGGUUUUUCUUCAGCUACUUUCGGGUUUUGUUCUUCUCGGCAUUGACUUCGAAAUUCUACAAAGAUUUCUUCCCCGUUUCCGACAGUAAGGGACUGCAGAAGUUGGGCUUUCUCUUCCAAAAAGCAGCGGUGGAGCUGCCGAAGUACUUGACAGGACGACAGAGAGAUACUAGUGCGGAACAACAAACACAUGCAGAACAACAGCAUGACAGAGAGGAGUCUUCUGCUCUUGAUGAAAUCCAGUAUCCGAAACAGAUCUCCUACUUGAUCCGCGGGUGUCGGAGUUAUCAGGGGUCGAAAAACGCGUUCAAGAUCCUCGCGUUGGCGCCGAACCAGGGCCGAGAAGUGCUAACGGACGCGAAAUUUCAGAAUCAGCGGUGCUUGAAGUACAGAAAUGACGUGCUGCGGCAAUUGCUGGCCGCGAAAGUGGAUUUCGUCGACUACACGGCGGAAAGUAGAACGACGGGAAUCUACAUCGUCGAGGGGGAACAAGACCAUCAGCUGAGUAAUAUGCGAGACGCAGAGCAAAAGCAAACUCCUCCUCCUGCUCCUUCUGUACAACACAAACAGAACUUUAACCACCUGGCUUAUGAAGAAAUGGACCCAACCUCAUUACAAACUGGCAACGUCAUCACGCAUCUGGACGGGAUCAAACUCGAAUCCGUUGCGCACUUUCACCAGAUUUUACGGCAGAGUUUGGGUGAAGAAGUUGAAGUAGUAGCUUCUUCUACAUCUUCAGCCUCGCAGGAACAAGAACUACCGUCGAACCCCAACAGUGCUUCCAACGACAUCCUCAUUUCUGUCGACCGGGACGAGCGUGACAAAAUCCAUCCUCUUCCGAAAAAAAUCAGCGAGGUAGCGGGGAGUAGAUGUUACGAAAUGGUGUUCAAAGGUGGUAAUAACGUGAAGCUGAUUCAAGUAGCAAUGCUGAAACUGCUCGGAGAUGAGAAUUUGGAAAAGUUGAUGCCAGCUUCUACUUCUCGACGACAAAAUUUAGAUGACGUUGGAGAGGACAACCAUCCCGGCUCCUCCGUGGCCGCCACUACAACAACUUUCCAAAGCAGCGUUAAAAAAAAGCCAACCAUCUACAGCCUUGUCGAUCCGAAACCAUCCAACCUGAAGGAGUCCGUGAACCAGUUGAAACAGAAAUAUCUCCCGACUGACUGGUCCGACUUGGAUUUUUCCGUGAACAUUGACAGGGUGAGACCGGAAUGCGCUGUUUUCCGCUCUGAUACAAUCCACCGGAUUGUGAUGGAAAAAAUUUCCGAGAAAUUAUUCCACGGGUUGAUUGAGCUGUUGACAAUGGACGAGGAGAUGCUGGCUUUUGGGCAGGAGGUGAAGCACUGGAUUCUUGAACGGGAGAAAGAUCUGGGGACUUUUUUGAAUGAGAUGGUUCUUGAGGAGAAGGAAAAAGUGGAGAAAAUUCUGGAUUUUGUGGUCAAAAAGGAAAAAAUGCGGGAAAAUUUCUUUUUCGAAAAAGACCCAGUGGUAGCGCGGGCGGUCGCACGACGAGCGGGAACAAGGUGGGAGGAAGAUGCGAGUUCGAGUGAGGACACAGCAGAGGAAGACGAGGACGACGAGGACUUGAGUCGCGUUGUGCUGCAGCCAAGCCCAACUGAGCAAGAUGUGGACAACAACCUCAGCUCUGCUUCUUCCACCUCAUCCGCGGGGAUUGGCAACGCAACUCUCUGGUCGCCGAACUCGAAGAUCGAAGCAGCGGGUGACGAUGUUGACGAACUUUCCUUGAACAGCACAUCAGCACGACAAAAUCGAAAAGCUGAUGUUGGGUCAAAGACCCGAGGGCGGUCCAGAUCUGCGUCCCGGAAGAAGAAGAAAAAGGGCCUUGUCAUCAAACCCUCCUCCAGUGCGAAACAAAUAGCGAGCAGCAGAAGUAGAAGCAAAACUUCUUCUAAAACAAGAACUUAUUCCUCCGGCGCAUUACACACGCAUCACCAAGGCGGUUCGGAUUGGUUUGAGAAUCAUGCAAAUCUACUUCGGGAGCUGUAUCCUGAGUAAAAACGUACCCACACCAGAGUCAGGAUAGGGAUUUUGCAACACAAACCUAGGAGUUUUGUGAGUCACGCAUGACAAGUUGCACUCUGCAGUGUAGUGCAGGUUAGCACGUCCAGCCGCAUCACAGAUUCAUCUGCUCAUCCUGUUCACAGCAUCACAAAUUCCAAAACACGAUUGGAAAUGGCUCUCAUGGGAGUGCGCGUUACAAGUCUUCCUGUCUUGCAAAUCUGCAUUACAACUCUGGUGUGGGUACGCUUUUCCUCAGGAUAGGCUGCUCCGAAAGUUCAAGAUCACCGGUGUUGUGCCCUCAGAAAGCCGGCCUAUGAACUGCAAAAGUAUCGUACUAGUAGUAAUUGCAAUACAAAUUAGCUCAGCAUGACAAAUGGAGUUUGUCAUGCUGUUUUGCCUUGGGAUGAAGAUUUGUAAUGCAUGAUUGUGAUUUUUACUACGAGUGCGAUACUUUUGCACGGGAUACGGCCCUUCAUCGUGCAACUUCCGGAGGCGGUUUCGGUAGAGGGAAAGUUUUUUGAUGAAAAAACGAGCGGUGUAGUAGGAGUUGCUGAUAUUGCACCAACGCCAACGUCCUCUACAUCUGCGUCCUCUUGUGCUACGGGAGGACGUGCUGCUACCCCUGCUCCGCCAGUCCUCGGUAAAGGAAAAGGGGGCGGCGCAACACUGAUCGAAAAUAAAACUACGCUUGAUCAUCCUGCGACUUCAUUUUGCAGUGGCGGAAAGGGAUCCGGGAAGGGAUCCUCCUCAGCUGUGUUGCGAAAAGGGAAGGGACCGAGUACUUGUGCUGCUGCGAGCAGCUACCAAAAUUUCGUGAUGGCGGCGCAACAGAAAGAGUGGCAAGAAAUUCAGGAAGUAGUGCAAUCGGUCACCCCGCCGGCCCCCGCGGCGUCUUCUUCAUCGUCUUGUCAAAGUCGAAUCCGAAGCAGCAGCUUGGGGAAGAAGGGAAAAGGUGGCUCUUUCCAGUACGACAACUCGAAAACAAACACCGGAAAAGGCAAACUCCUCGCAACACUUCUUGCUGCGUCAAACACUUCUGGCGCUGGUCGGAAUAAAGGGAAAAACUGCAACAUGGUGGAUGGCGCAGCUGGCUCAUCGGCCGAUCCAAUUUUGAAUGCGCACGGGCGAAGUUACAGUGGGGGUGUUUGCAGCGGCGGUCCACCAGGAGCCCCGCAGCGUUUUCUAGACCACAAUCAUACAACGGGAAAUGACGAGGACUCAGAGUUGUGCAGUGACGAGGAGCAGGAGGAAAUUCCAAACCUUCUCCAACCCACCACUCGUCUUCUUUCCUCAACACCGGAUCAUCUUCAGGAUUCCCACAGCGACCCCGAUAAUUUGGUUUUGGAUCUGUCAUGCGAGGACAAAGCUGCGCACCAAGUAGACCACGAACCGGAACAGCCGAAGAUGAAGGUGAUCACCUCAACGCGGUUUCAGCCUUCCUUCCUUCGUGCCCGGAUGAUCCUAUGGGAGCGUCAGGAUCGAAAUCGGUAAAGUUGAAAAACAAAAAUUUGUGAUGCAUAAAACCGAUACCAGUUGGAAGCCCAAUUUCCAAGCGGCGCAUGACAAAUUUUGGCACCAUCUGAAUCCAGUUUGUCACGCUGUUUGGGGAAAGAAGGCGUCUUUUGUCAUGCUACUGUAGCAGCUCUAUCGCAGACCCCAAACAGGCUAACAGUCGGCCUCACUUGCCAUCCGUGCAAGAGAGGCGCCCCAUGCCCUGCAAUUUAUGCAUGAGAAGUCGUUUCAACUUUGUCGAUUUCGAUCGAGCCACCUCCAUAGAUCCGGGGGAUUGGGUACGCGGACUCGCGGGUGUUGGACGAGAAGGGGUUGCUUAUCAAAUGCAAAUAUGUCUGGGUCUGGACUAAACUUGUGAUGCUAAAAUGUGGAUGAUGGAAACAGUUCCGAAUGCAAUCCAGCAUGACAACUUUUCAGAACGCUUUCUCAUAGGCAAUCCGCAUGUUGAGAAGCCGGGUUUUUGCAUGUACAAAAGAGGCUGCGACUUUUGUUGGUUAUGCAAUAGUACAGAUUUUCUAGGUAUGGAAAGCUAGCAUUACAAGUUCCAACCAUCCAGACCCCGACACAUUUGCAAUCCAUAUUGCUGUGGUUCGACUUACUCCGUGGCAUGAUCGACGUGAGGAUCAAAGCACCCCUUUUGGAAAAAAUCGAUCCGUUUUACGAGCGGUUUUUGGCCAAGGGGAUUGAGAUCUACGACUUUAGCCACCACACCAGCGUGGAUUUCGACGCGCAGACCUUUGAGCCAGCGUACCGAUUGGCGGAAAUGACCCUGAGGUUGCCGAAGUUUGACGUCGUUGACACAGACACUUCUUCAUGUGGAAAAGUAAAAGCGCCUUUGUCUCAGUCUCGACGACCAGAAGAUGACGACGACUCCUCUGCGGAGGACGACCAACGAGGACAGUGUGACGAUGCGCUGCAGACGAGUAGAUCACCUUCGUCAUCUCGGUCAGUGUCUUUAACCAACUCGUCCCGCUCCUAUUCACCGUCCCAGUCCGCCUCACCGGCCCUGUUGAUGCGACGCGCAGAACAACACUCGCGAGUUGGGGAAAGAAGCAGCAUCAAAGGCUCGACGACUCUAUCGAGGACUAGAAGAACUUCUAGGCGCAAGCUUAGGCGGCGUGGCACCAGCAGAGGAUCUUCAUCUUCUAAGCGUGGACAUCAUCAUCAAGCGGACUUGUUCGAAGGCGACACGCGAGUGGAUGUUGAGCAGCUGCCCCUUGUCAUAGCGACGUCACCAGGACAAGGGUCGAGGUCUUUUGCGGUGGUCCAGCAGUGUGAUGAACAUGAUUGUGAUUCUCCUUCGCAUCAUCAAACCGAAACCGUCACCGGCCUCGUCAACUCCCUGGAAGCGCAGAUCGAAGAUUCCAUCCUCUGUGCCUUCGGCUUAUGACAGUGCACAACUCUCCCUCUCCCUUAUUUGCAUGGCAUGAGCAGCAAUACAAACGCCAGCACUCCAACUCCUAGAGCCUGCGCAUGACAAGUUCACUGGGCGAUAGAAGUAGUGCUGUUUGGCCUCUCGAAAUUUGUCAUGCAAACAGUGCCACAGGGCAGCAUUUGAAUUUGCGGCUUUGCAUGACAAAUGAGGAGGACGGAAUAGUUUACGAGGGGACGCCCAGCCCUUAGCCUUCCAACAUGACAAAUGAGGGGGAGGGGGAGUUGUGCACUCUCAUACGGCUCCCCGCACCUCCAGGUCCGGGAAGACGAGAGGGUCUGGAAGACGCCGAAAAUCGAGAAACGGUUUCAACGGUGGGCUUUGCUAGUUGGUGCGGCGGUGUUUACCACGUCUGCUGUUGGUAAUGGUAAGACUGGUGGAACUGGAACGAGUGGGGCUGGAGGUGGAGCUACAACUACAGCAAUAACGCACUACGCGGGCUCACCAUCAAGUACUACAUCAACUCCACUUGAAAUUACUUGGGAGAAAGCGAAGCAGCUGUUUGGCUAUUUGCAGUUCGGUUUGCUCUUCUUCUUCGAUGACCUCCCCGCGUUUCUGACCAGAGUGGACCAAAACCACAGAGGCCGUCGCGGCGGAACUGGAACUGGAGAUCGUGCGACAGGAGCAUCAAAUAAGCAAUCCAUUGUUUUCCAGGCGAAGGACUACAUUGAGAACGUGGUAAAAGUGAAGGCGGCAAGAAGGGUGAAUGGGAAUAAAAAGGAAUUGGACGAGAUUCUGCGGAAGUUGGACCCGCACGCCCUCACUUCCCACGCGAACGUCUUCACGUUCUUGCAACCAGUGGCGGCGUAUAGGGAGUUUCAUAACUUUUUUGGAAUCUUCGCAGAAGUCGUAUCUUUUGCAUCAACCACUCUUCAGUACAACUUUUCUAUGUAGUUUACAAUUGAAGAUCAUGUUCACGACACGAUCUAUCGCGCGUAGACGCAGUCAACAUCCCACAUUUAGAACUAGAACUACCAAAAUUGGCAAACACAAUCAACAUCAACAGGUCCACCCUGAAGGCGCACAGAUCGGGGCGGCUCUACCGUCAGGCCUUGAACCGCUACCACCACGUCAUUGACCCGGCGGUGGGGGUCUUGAAAAACUUAUGGCGUUCUCAAACGUUACAUUUUCAACUGUUACAUGGAUUUGUCAUGCAAAAGUGCCUUCAGCCGGCAGAUGAUCGAGCUGCUUCGCAUGACAAAUGUCGGAAGGGAUAAACAGCAUCUAAAUCUGCGCCAAUCUUGUAAUGCAAAAGGCGCAAUCUUCCUCCUUUCACUUUUGCCAGUCUUGCAUGACAAAUUCAUGUAACAGUUGAGAAUGUAACAGUUGAGAACGCCAUAAAACUGGGCGGAAGUUUGCGACUACAUGGCCGAAAAGGGGAUUGCGAAGUCGGCUUUUCAAAGAAAACAGCUGUACGAUGUGGAGUUUGAUUUGGUGAAAGUGAUCGGAGGACGAGCAGGCUGAAGUGCACUGGAAGCGGCUUUGAGAAUACAGUAGCUUCAUGGGCUCGAUGAACGUACAAAAAGAAUCUUCAGUACGAAGAGAAUAUAAAUGUCUAAUUUGAGACGCUCUUUCAGGCUGAAGAAACUUAUUAAAAGCUCUAGCUCAUCAGAGAAUACAAAAAGUAGACAGGUGGAGCCCAGCGAAAAUACACAUCGUAUGUAGUUGGAACUCGCGGUCGCGUACCGUAGCUCCGUUUGUGCUAAUACAAGACACGUCGAGCGCUUUGCAAGUUUUUAGACUGGUGUGGAAUGCAAAAUCAUCAUCAAGUAAGUGCAUGUAGAAAAGAAUGCGCGACGGAGAUCAAACCGAAGUCUGUUGCUUCUGUGUUGGCGUAGAGGGAUGCCGCGCUGGCCCUGACCCGGUACAUCGGAAGACUGCUGGACGAUUCGAAGACCCGAAGCGGUGCCAUUCGGGAGGCCUCCGCCGCUGCCCGUGCUUGGGUGCUCUUGAACCUGCCGCGCGUCGCGCAGCCGGGUGCUGGUCCUGACGCCCGGGGCCUUGCCGCGCGGGCCCCGCUUGAUCAGUGGCCCCAGUGUGUCGAAGCGGGUUCUAUUGGUGGAGGCGGGAUAGAGCUCCGCGCCCUGGCGGAGGGCCGUCGUUUUUCUCCGUUGUUUUCUUGGGGGGUUGGGCAAAAUUAUCGGCGGUCCUGCCGGCCCCGCUUCGUGCCUAGCCUUCCGC